CGCUACGCCGUAGACGUGCUACGCGUUUUCAAAAGUUUGUGCGCGAGUGUUGUGAGGACGAUUAAAAAUGACAAAUACUAAGCACGCAGCUGCUGUAUUGCUUCUGUGCGUCAUGGCUGGAGUGGUAGCAAACCCGGUGAGGCGUUCCACAGAUCUGGAAGCAAGGAGAAGAAGCGCCGUCGAUCGGAGUAUGAUAAGGUUUGGUCGCUCCUAUCCACCUGAGCCGUCAGCAGCUGAAAUCCGGGAGCAAUUCCAACGAUCAACGCGCCGUGGCAAUAGUUUCCUACGUUUCGGCAGAUCUCAACCCUUGUCUUUCACCGCUGACGACCUGAUUACACUUCUGCGAACUUACGAAAAUGACUACGAAAAUGAACCUUCGAAACGAAGCCCGAACUUUAUCCGACUUGGCCGCGAUCCUAAGUUUAUUCGAUUGGGAAGAAAUGUGGAAGAAAAGCCAAACUACGAGCAGAGUUCUGAACUCUAUGUCAGUGGGUACCCUCAAAGAAAGAACAGAGCGCGCGACCACUUCAUAAGGCUGGGAAGAGACAGCGAGGAGAUCAACGAAGAAGACGAGAAGAGAUCUAUUGAAACGUGCCACGAUUGUGAAUCGUAAAAGUGCCAAUGCUGUGCCAAAUUUUUCAGUUAUCGAUUUUGUUAUUGCGAUUGAAACUUGGCUUGCCUGAAAAAUUAAAUGUAAUCUUUGAACUUUCAUUAGUAUCAAAAUGUUUAUGUCAAUCAACUCAAAAUACGUUAUAAAACAUUCUACUUAUGUUCUAAUUUUAAACUCUGUACAUUUUAAGCACAAAGCGCUUCUUUAUUUUAUUAGAAACCUAUAAAUGUCGUUUGAAACGAUACUAUUGUAUAUAAAAAUUGUUACAAUUUAUAACUUUUAUCUAAUUUGGUGAACGUAUCCGAUUUCAAAGGCUGGGUAUAUGAUAAUUCGGAUAAUUUCACUAAAUAUUUUAUAUUUAGCUAAACGUCAAUUUAGGUGUAUUUA